AACACAUCGAAAAUGUGAUUUAGAAUUGAAUGCGUUCAGUUUUCUAAAUCUACUUGUCAACUGGUUCAAAUGAAAAAAGUAAAGCUUUUAAAUUUUCAGUUAAUACAUGUAGUACACUACUAUGUAAUACUUGAAUAAAAAAUACGUUUCUGGUUUAAAUCAUUCGGAAAUAUGAAAUAAUGAUCAUAAUUCAUGUAUUAACUUGAACGCAUUACGAUUUGACGAGCUUUUAGCGCCCUCUGUCGGUUAAAUGUCGUCUGUGUAAAAUUAGAAGUCACAGCCUUCCGCAAGUUCCGUGUGUGUUGCGGAAAAAUCCCUUUUUGGGCGUCCGACCACAUGUGUGAAUUGUGAACAAAAUAUGGUUCUAUUGUGAUUUGUCGUUUUUAUACGUGUUUUUCACCACAAACAGCACUUUCUAUCGAUAGAUACCAUUCGUGCGCUUUAUUCAGUAUUGAAAAAAACCUAGAAUCGGCCGACGGAAGUGAAUUUUUUUGAUGUAAAUACGGUCCGGCCAGGGUCAGUGUGGUGUGCUACCAAUUUCGAUCAAAUUAGUUCGUAAACCCGUGCUUUUGUGUUCUGUUUGUGAUUUUGGCUUACGCGCUGAACGCACAAAACGCUAAACGUGUCCAAAUUCGCAUCAAAAUUGUUGGGUUAACCCCCAACAUGGCCUGUUGAAGCAUGGAUGCGCGCUCGUGAUCGCUUCACGGCGCGGAGCGCGCGCCCGGACUUAUAUAAGAGACAGCGGCGGCGUUAUGGCUGCGCGCGUGUCUGCUGAGGGCGCAGGACCCUCUUACGCGUCCGUGCUCAACUUCAAAGGAGGCGAAAGUAAUAAAGAAAACAUUGAGGCCCACGCAGAGGAGGCGUUAGACGCGCCUCCCAGGCCAGAUAUUGAAGAGGAGGAGGGCUUCGUACCGGUCAUCUCUCAUGGACGGCGUCCUGGUAAAAACCGGAGGGACAGGGAACGGAAAGCACCCCCGAGAGCUCAUAAAACACCACAACAGCAUGCUGACCCUCAGCCCACAGCGGAGCAACAGCAACAAGCUGCAGAACAACAGCCGAAGAAGUUUGUUGAAGCGCCUAUUCCAAAAGUCAAUCCGUGGCAGGUCCGCGGAGGUAGCACGGGAGUGCCACCGCCAGCGCCACCAGCCUUGGAACAAGAGAAGAGGUCGCCGUUGCAGCCGCAGCAGCAGGGGAGGGUACAGACUGAACACACUCCAGCACCGGCCGUGAUACCGAAAGCUCCGGCCGUAAUAAAAGCUCCGAAGAACGCAAAGAUAAAUCAGAAGGCGUCAGACUUCACGGAUAUCGGCGACUGGCCGACGCUCGGGGCAGCUGUGGCAGCCUCGAGAUGUCACUCGACCCCGCCCCACGACACAGACUCCACGCAUCAUAAUGGCACAUUGGAACAAGAACGGAAGCCCCUCGAGGAGCACCAUCAGCAUCCCCAGAACCAGGCGAAGGUCGACAAGCCGGAGCCGCUUCAGAACCAUCACGGUUCGAAUGACAAACAUCAGGAUAAAAAGAACUCGGGGGCUGGUAAAGGCGGCAACAAAUCCGGCAAGCACAAGUGGGUGCCUCUGGACAUCGAAGUGAAGGGCCCCAGGCAGAACAAGCACGGUCCUCCGCAUGGUGCGAGGCCUGAGAACGACACGGUUUCCCUGAACGGCGAGGAGCGUCCCCGCGGGGCACGCUCGGUGCGCGGCGGGGGGCGAGGUCGCGGCGCCCGGCGCCCCGGCCCGCGCCCCGUGUCCGCACUGUCCGCGCUCGCCGCCCCGCCGCACGCCGUGUUCCACCACCCUCACGACUUCGGCCACCAUCCGGAACUGUCACAGCUGCGGAUACCACAAGCGGGUUUGGCACAGGGUCUAGUGAUGCAGUACCCCGGCUUGGCGCUGGGAGGUCUCGGAGCCGGUCUCGCCCAGGCUUAUUACUACGGAGCGGCCGCCGCGACCGCUGCCCCAUACGGACUAGGUCUGGACCAAGUAACGUUGAAGGAUUUGAUCAAGAAACAAAUCGAAUACUACUUCAGUCCGGAUAACCUGGCCCGCGACUUCUUCCUGAGACGGAAGAUGUCCCCGGACGGCACCAUACCGGUGACGCUGAUCGCCUCGUUCCACCGCGUCCGGGCGCUCACCUCAGACGUGCAGCUGGUCCUCGACGCGAUCCGGGACUCGGAGCGGCUGGAGCUCAUCAGCGGCUUCAAGGUGCGGACCGUGUUCGAGCCGACCAAGUGGCCGAUACUGGACGUGGCGACCAGCUCCGACGAGGGCGAGAGGCCGGAGAGACCGAAGCCGGCCGAGCCCGAAAAGGCCGGGGCGGAGAAGACGAAUCCCGAAAACAACGAAAAGGAACAGGCCAAGACAAACGCCGAUGAUGUCGUUCAAGUUAAGGAGGACAUUGUCGAGGCUCCCAGUAUAGAGCGGAAAGAUGAGAAGGUUGAACCCGAGACGAUAAAAGAACAACCGAAUGAUGUGAACAACUCCGACGUGGUCGUGGACACUGCGAAGGUCGUAGUGCCUGAACACGUGGAAGAUGUAAAGGUGGAAGAUGACAAGGAAGUGCAGACCUCUCCGCCGCCGGAGCAGAAGGCGGACAGCGCUCCUGACACUCAGGAAGACAAGAAGCUGGAUUCCAGUGACGAUCCCCCGCUGCAGACCGAGGGGACCGAGGAGAGGCCGGGCGAGAAACGUCGCAAGAAGCAGAUGGUGGGCAUCUUCCCGCUGGCGACCAUGGGCGGGCCGCUGGUGGCGCCCGUGUCCGGCCUGCUGCGAGCCGUGCCGCCCCCACCCCUGCCGCGGAUGUUCCGCACGAGCAGGCCCGGCCCGACGCCGCCGCACGACUCGCUCGACCCGAACGUGCCCGAGUUCGUGCCGCAGGCGAGGCGACAAGAGGACAACGGCAGCGAGCCGGGGGAGCAGCCGGGGGGCCGCCCGCGCUCCGCCGCGCACAGCCCGCAGGCCGAGGGCGGCGCCGCCGACUGGACCGAGGUGAAACGUCGAACGAAAGCCGGCUCCCGCGAGCGCUCCGCCGCCGGGGGGCCCGCGACGGACGGGGAAGUCCCCGACGAGGAGCCUCGCGAGGAGCUGCACUUCCAACUGGACGAAGAACUCGACUUACCUCCACCGAGACACAACACCUUCACCGAUGCUUGGUCCGACGAGGAGUCGGACGCGGAGUUCACGGACGGCGAUGUGGGGCGGCUGCUGAUCGUGACGCAGACGACGCGUGCCGCCAAGCACGACGGACACGACCGCCAGGGGGACUGGACCAGCCGCACCAAGAUCACGCAGGACCUCGAGCAGGUCAUUACCGACGGACUGCGUCGUUACGAAGAGGACCUGUGGAACGACACAGAAUAUACUUCAUCGUACGGUAGCGGCCGUGAGUACCGCACUGUGAGCCUGAUCAGCCGUGAGCAGUUCGAGGCAGCCGUGCCAAACGAGCGGCAUAGGAACCCCGCCCGCCCCCCGCCGCCCCCCGCGCACCCCCACCACCAGGUGGAUCAGCAGCCGGCCGGUGGCGGCAAGGCGUCUCGUCCCCGGCGAACCGCGCGCUUCUACGCGGCCAGCAAGGACCCACACGCUACCGAUGUCAUCUGCAGCAGGAAGCACAAGACCAGAUACAGCCUCAACCCGCCCGUGGAGCACCACGUCGGCUGGAUCAUGGACGUGCGCGAACACCGACCCAGGACUCAAAGCACCGGGUCGUCGCUGGGCGCGUCGCCGACGCUGGGCUCGUCGUGCGGCUCCAUGCCGCAGUCCCUGCCGACCUUCCACCACCCCAGCCACGGUCUGCUGCGGGAGAACCACUUCACGCAACAGGCGUACCACAAGUACCACUCGCGCUGUCUCAAAGAACGAAAGAAGCUCGGCAUCGGGCAGUCGCAGGAGAUGAACACGCUCUUCCGUUUCUGGUCCUUCUUCCUGAGGGACCACUUCAACAGGACCAUGUACAACGAGUUCAGGUCGUUGGCCAUCGAGGACGCGCAGGCCGGCUUCCGCUACGGGCUCGAGUGCCUGUUCCGCUUCUACUCGUACGGGCUCGAGAGGAAGUUCCGGCCGGAGCUCUACCAGCACUUCCAGACGGAGACGAUGGCGGACUACGAGAAAGGUCAGCUUUACGGCCUGGAAAAGUUCUGGGCGUUUUUGAAGUACUACAAGCACGCGAGCGCUUUGCAAGUCGAGCCUAAGCUCCAGGGAUACUUGUCGAAGUUCAAAAGCAUUGAAGACUUUCGUGUGCUCGAGCCCCAACUGAACGAGCUGCUGUCGUCGCAGGGGGGGGCGGCUGCCGGGCGCGGGCCCCACGCGCGCCCCUACGACCGCCACCGCUCGGUCUCCGAGAGCGAGAGGACCAGGAACGCCACGCGCGGCGCGGCGUGCGGGGGCGGGGCGGCGUGCGGCGCGGCGGCGUGCAGCGCCAGCAAGUCGCGAGGUCGCGCUGGUUCGUGCGGCGCCUCCGCUGGCAGGACGCGUGCGAAUCAAAAGCAGAAACCGGAGACCGCCGUCCCGACCGAGGUCAAGUCUAUAGCAGCUAAAACACAGUAAAACGUACAGACGCGAGAAGAACAUGCACGAAGUACCAGCAUUGUGUGUAUAUAUAUACAUAGAUAUAUAUAGACGUUAACAACAACAACACGAGAAAGUGUGUGUGCUACUUAAUAAUAAUGACGUGUAGUUUUUAAAAGCAUUUCUUUUUUUCUUUUUAUAAAUAACGAAAAUUACAAAAAAUUGUUAUAAUAGUGUUUUCCGGGUCGAUAGUGUUGUGGAUAUUAUUAGUGCCGGUAGUUCGCCCGGUUCGGUCCGGAAAUGGAAUUUUUGUUUCGCGUUGUCGACGACAACGAUCGUAGGCGGAUAUUGUGCGCUGAACGCUGCUUGGAGCCCAGCUUUUAGCUAAGACAAUAAGCAAUGCUGAGCAGUGGCGUGUACAACAAAUACCUUAUUAUAAUACAGAGGGAUAUAAAAUAGCUUUCGUCUAGUAUAUAAUAAGUGUGUAAAGGCGGAAUGUGCUAGGUGAAUUGUUGAAUGAGUCUUUAAGAUUUACCAAUGGAAGUUUUUCAGUUAAAUAUAUACUGGAUUAAUCACACUAAUGUUCUGAUACUGACGGGUCUGUACUGAACCGCUGCUAUAACUCUCACUCAAUCUGUAAUGAAUGUGUACCUCUUCUAUUAAAUUAUCUAUUGAAAUUUAUCCCAGAUUUUUAUAUUAUACCUAUUCAUUUUCUUAUCGUUCCUUAUAUAUUUCUUAAAGAUUCAAUUCAUUUUAAGCACAUUCCGUACGUUGUAUGUAUAUGAAAAAGUGUUAAUUCUGAAGACGCUUGUAUGUAUCGAUUCCAGUUGAAGCUUUCAAAGGAAAGUCGUUCCUUAUGGUUCUCUUAAGACGUGACAAAUAAUGGAGAUUUAAUUUUGAGAGUUUCAAUUGGAACUAAUUAGUUUGGUUUUUUUUUUCUAAUGAGAUAAUCUUAGUAAUAGUGACCUUUCGUAUAUGUGUAUGUAUUGAAAUGUUAUAUCUAAAAAUAUAUUCUUGACAUGUAAAAAAUAUUAAACAAAAAUUUAUUACUUUGGUUUCGGUUCCUUCAAAUGACAUGUGAUUCUGAAUAGCGAUUCGGCACGUAUUCUUCUGCCUCAAGGAACGCACAGUCGUUCCGUGUUUGGCGUACGGAGACAGACUCAAAACGACGAGCUUACCAUCUAUAGAGACGUCUCCUUGAUUACACAGGGUAAAUUAUGAAAUCACAUGAAAUCUGAACAUGUUUGAGACCAAAUUUUUUAAUGUUUCAUUUUUCAAGUAUCGGCAACAUUGUUUGAUUUUUUUUCAACCAUAGCAACACUAAUAAUCUGGUGCUUUAUUUUGACGAUUUUUCAUAAUAUUAUAUUGUAUCUCUGUAGUGAUAUAUCGAUUCGUUUUGUAAAUAAACGUGUAUUAAUUAAUCUAAUUAAAUAAUCCGUGUCUAAUUCCAUAUAUAUUUAAAAAAAAUGUUUCAUGAACACGUAAAAAUUAAUGUCUCUGCAACCCUAAAGCGAGGAUACAAAUUACGGAUACACAUUUUAAUUUUUCAAUUUUUAUGGCAACGGUACAUUUGAUUUUUCUCAAUAUUGAUGAAGUAGGCUCUUAGGCUACCAGUAUAUCCAAUUUUUACUUGGUGGCUCUUACGUAAUGAAAUAUCCAUUGUUUACAUAAAUAAAAUCAGUCCCUCGUGUUUUUUUAAAAACUGUUCGCUAUGACGUCAUAAAUACGUUUUGAGGUUGCAGGGAACUUAAAUCAUUUGCUUAAAAAUCGUACGCAGGCUGUAAGAGAAUCGUUUGCGGAUUUAGAACGGCCAUAUUUGAUGUUCACAGUUGUCAAGGCAUAUCAAUAACGAAACAGCUGACCUAUGUCGGCCAUGUUUUUUUUCCGUUGUCAAAAGAAUGUAAUGCGUUUUUUAAGAGCAUUAGGUUCAUUUUCCGAUUACUAUCGUCUUGACAUAUGUCAUUCUGCUUUUAGAGUUUCGAAAGAAGGCGUCUUCUAGCUAGGUCGUUCACCCCGCGCAUUAAUGGUUUUUAUAAAGACAUUAUUUUAUAUCACAUUGCGAUUUGAAUAAAAUAUGUCGAAUUUAAGUGAUCCUGUUCAUUAGCACGUCUGUCUUCUUUCUCGGAAGCGGUUCUUUUAGAGCCCACGUACAUAUAUAUAUGUAUAUAUAAUUAUAUAUAUAUAGAUACAUAAUUAAACGGUAACUUAGAUGUGUAUAGUUUGGAAGCGAUUUGUGUCGGCGGAUUUAAAGUUCAGUGAGGAGAAUUUUUAAUCUGUGGUCCGAAAUGUCGAUGCUCACAGAUUAGUUGAUUGAGUUUUCGUUUUUCAUCUCGCUCGCUCUUGCCUCGUUCUAACGUGUGCGAGUGAGAACGGUAGCUCAGUGUGUUGUAAUGUAAUGUUCAUACAACCUUGAACUGUAACUGUAGUAAGUUUUCUUCACUGAACACACUUCAUCGUAAGACUGGCAUUGUGAGACGAUAAAGUUAAAAAAAUUAUAAUUAGUAGUUAUAUAAAUAAAUAGGGGAAUUACGUCUAGUCGUUAUGAUAGCGAUGAUUCUUGGGAGAUGUGAAACUGAAUUGAAUUAUGGCGGUAGCGCGCUGAGGACGGAGCCAUCUUUGAUUUGGCAGGGGGACGAUAAUAUGGCCUCCUUUGUUUUUUUUUUAAUAGCAAAGGGAAUUAGCUGCCGUCAGCCACACGCGAUCCGUUUGCUUUUAUCAAUUUACACAAUCGGUGUUCUAUCUGCCGGGCUCUAUCACUUUGUUUGACGCACGACAGACAUGUUUUCUUAUUUUUUUAAUAUCGUUUUUUUUUUGGUUAGCAAAUGGAAUGUGUAUUGACGUGUGAUUUAAAAAGAUUUUUUUGUUGACAUGUCUAAGUUUGAAGUUUUUCGACAGAUUCAUUAAACGCCAAUUAAAAUAUAAAAUGAGAUUAACUUUCUUGCUUUUUCGAUAGUCUAUUAAAAAUGUAUAGGCCGCAUCUAUAUAAAAUAUAUAUAUAUUUUUUUUAAUUCUUUGAUCUAUUACGGGGACAUCCGUACCUAUGGACCGCGAUAACACGGAACUGCCGCUGGAGUUCGCUUCGAUAAACAAACGACGAAUCGAAUAAGUUUAUCGAAUUAAAAUGUGGUAUAGGAGGUGAAUAGGAACGUUUUUUUUUUUUUUUUAGUAUAUGUUUCGUCCUAUGGACUAUAUCGGGUGAUGUAUAGACAAAUAUUUAGAUUUAUAAUCUUUCUAAUUAAUCUUAUCUGCAUUGAGACAUUUAUCGAAUAAAAUUAAUAUUCUACACGUAAACGAAGCCAGGAUUCACAGUCUGUCGCUGUCACACUUUAAAGUUCACCAGGACUGCGACUAGAACGAAAGAGAUGGAUAUAUAUACGACGUGACGUUUUAAUAAUAAGUUUUUUUUUUAUUAAGACAGUUGCAAGGUUUGUUUUUUUCUUUAAGUGUAAUCUAUCCCUUUGCAUGUAUACGGAAAGAUGAAUACGGACAUUAAAAAAAUGAGAGGGUAUUCCAAAAAAUAUAUUUUGACCGUUAUAACAAUGGACAUACAAACGAAAAUUGAUUGAGAAAAUAAAAUGGUAGAUUCCGAGAGAUAUCUGGCGCGUAGUGCGUGUGCGGCCAAUUGCCGGAACUUGUACGUAUGGAGGGUAGAAGUAAGGUGCGCCAUCUUGUAUAGGGAACAAGUUGAAAAACUGUCCACCUAUAAACAGCAAGUUAUUGUUGGAAGACUCACCGAAAUAGUGCUAGUGUAGGAAGUGGAAUUGAUGUGAAUAUAGCAGUUUUAAACAGAUUGAAGUGUGGUAGUUUAUGGUAACGUUUUUUAAAUCCUUCCACUUGCUACAGUGGCGCCACCUUGAUUGGCUCCCAUUCAGCUAACACUGAGCUGGUGCUUCUUACUCCUACCCUCCAUACUAGCAUUCUAACAUUGAAAUACUAGCAGCAGUAGUGAUGAGAACACUUAAUAGGGAUGAGACGUUAAGUCUUAUUUUAAACGUUAAGGAAAAAAAACGCGUUUAUUUCGUUCGGUUUUUUGUUUGUCUUCUUUGGACUGCGUUCAAAUGACGCAUCGAAGUUACUAACUUUGCUCAAAGAUUUGAUAUCAUAAUUUUAAUAAUACUUUAUAUUUGACUAUCGCACUGCGAAAACGGAUUGCUUCUAUUAUUUGCAGAUCAAAUGGCACAUAGUCGCGUGUAAUGUUCGCCGCGUUGAAUUUUGUAUAGCUCAAAGUUUGGCGUUCACAAAAAACAAACUGAUUGUCAGUAGAGUCGGUUUACGGACGAUAGUUUUACGUGAUAACGUCAGUAGCGGAACUAUUCGAACUGCUAGCUCUGACGUCACGAGAGAAGAGACAUGUGUCACAAGCCAACGCUUGGGCCGAUCGUGCCUCUCUAUCGCUUGUUCCGUGCUCUCGCUUGCACGCUCAGGCUUAGACGGAACGUGACACUUUUUCGUGCGUGCAGCCGGUCAUCAUUGAUUUUCAAGACGUUAUCACGUCAAUAUGAAUUCAUUCAAACUGGCAUUAGAUCGUUUUAAGUUAUUAUUAUUUUGAAAUAGAACAUUAACUUGGGCAUAACUGAAAUGUGGUCAGGCGUUUCGCGCGCUAAAACGACACAAUGUAAGCAUAAUAUAAAAGCCUGUUUCGACUCUAGUGCACAUUUAAUAAGUCGUAUAAUCGCCUAAUAGAGAUUUCCUAAAGCAGGUUGAAGAUAAAUAGCUAACCUAUAUUUAAAGUAGCUAAUUAUUACGUGCUCCACCAAGCCAUCGCCAAAGCGAUCGUCUACAGAUUAAGUUUGACACGUAGCAAAUCGAACGCUAAACUAAAAUAGCUCUUGGUCUGCGAUAUGCUUAAAAGCUUUUAGCGUGUACCUCGUAACUAGCAUAUUCGUUGUUUAUAAAAAGUCUUAACGAAAUGUAAACAACGAAAAAAAAAAGCGUGCUUAUUCGAAUUUUAAACGGUUCCUGGUUUGAGCUAUGUGAAUUCUCUCUCGCACGGUCCGUUUCGCAGUGCGUUGUGAAAGAAUAAACAAGAAUGUAACCUAAUUUGUAUAUUUCAUUAUAUCUUAUAAAUAGUUAAAUAGUGAACGAGUUUUAACUUGUGUGUGUCGGUUCGUUUAAAAUAGUUUUUAAUUAUUAAUUUUAAGCGCGCUUUAUUUCGUUGCUAUUUUUUUUUUGUAGUACAAGUCUGUCUUGGUUUACCUCUCUAUAUGGAGCACGCUGAAGCUGUAAGAUCGAGGCCUCGAACCACAUGGCUUUUGGGCCAAACUCUGUUACGGUCAAAAGUCGAAAGCCCGGAGCCACGCUUAUAAUAAAAAGCUGGUUUCCUUUUGCGAGAUAAGUUAACGUUCAACGUUAAAUGCUUACCUGAAACGUCAGAGCGAUUUGUACUACACAAAAAAAACGAAUCGUAACGUAUCUUCUUUUCUUUUUUUAUUAAUAAAACUUAGUAAUAAGACAACGUCUUGGAUGCUUGGAUCGCUUCUUAAGGUAAUAAAUAAAUAAAAUAAAUAAAUAGUUCCUAUGAUAAUAUGUAUUUUGUUGUGAUUCCUGAGGCCCACACCACAACGAUUCAAGUUGAACGGGUUUGAAAGGGGCACGCGACCAAAUAAUAAAUAUGUAAUGUAGCGCAUUUGACAGCUGUCAGAUUUGACGCGUAUCAUUUUUAAAUUCGGACAGCGACCCUGUACUUCACAACAAAGUUGGACGAUAACCUAUUUAAUUUGAUCUAAUCCUGUAUGUAAUCUGAGAGCCGUGUAUUAUUUUAAUGUGCAAAAAAAUAUUUUUAUAGUAUUACGUCAGGGAAUUUUGAUUUUGCUUUCCUGUUAGAUUUGCAAUUGAAAAAAAAUGUGUGCGUGUACUAGUGUACACACGUAAGAAGUGAAACUUCUUUAUGGCCUUAUUUUUCGAAAAAUGAUCUACAUGCAACUUUCUAGAAAUUGGUUAAAUAAAGUUAAAUUAGAUAAAGUUUAAACAAAAGGAUUUUAUUAUCAUAGACAUGAAUACAAAAAAGUUAAAUUAGAUAAAGUUUAAACAAAAGGAUUUUAUUAUCAUAGACAUGAAUACAAAACAGAUGGCGCGUAACGGAAAAAUGUGACGCGUAACCGAAAAAUGUGACGGUAAAUUUUUUUCCAACGCCGAUAAAGAAGUUUCACUUCAAAAAGUUAAAUUAGAUAAAGUUUAAACAAAAGGAUUUUAUUAUCAUAGACAUGAAUACAAAAAAGAUGGCGCGUAACGGAAAAAUGUGACGCGUAACCGAAAAAUGUGACGGUAAAUUUUUUUCCAACGCCGAUAAGGAAGUUUCACUUCAAAAAGAUGGCGCGUAACGGAAAAAUGUGACGCGUAACCGAAAAAUGUGACGGUAAAUUUUUUUCCAACGCCGAUAAGGAAGUUUCACUUCAAAAAGUUAAAUUAGAUAAAGUUUAAACAAAAGGAUUUUAUUAUCAUAGACAUGAAUACAAAAAAGAUGGCGCGUAACGGAAAAAUGUGACGCGUAACCGAAAAAUGUGACGGUAAAUUUUUUUCCAACGCCGAUAAAGAAGUUUCACUUCAAAAAAAAACGCAUCUGACUUGACAAGUAACUGUCAAGUUAGAUGCAGUUUCUUUUUACGGUACGUCUUGAGGGUUUCUUCUAUUGUUCCGACUGAAAAUGUUGAUUUCCGUGUCGAGUUUAGUUUUUUUCUUUCUUUUUCUUUUUGUAAGUUAUUAGCCGUCCCUAGUAAAAAUUGUGUAGUUUAGAUGCACGAGUGUUGCCGGUGAAACGAAAGAAUGUAAUUGGUGUUUUUUUUUGCAGAAGCGAUCGAUGGCUAAUUCGAAUUUGGGUCGCAUUUUCAUAAAAAGAAAAGAAAAAUGAUAAUCAUGUGUUUCGCGGAUCCGACUGAAUUUAUCACAUUCGGAUAGUAAACGUAGAAGCUGUCUUAGUGUUUGAAAAAAAAAUCAAUUUAAUUUUCAAAAUCGAUCAAUGAUAACGUCGGAUGAUCUCUUUGGCCUAUAUCGAAUUGUUAUAAAAAUGCGACACCAUUUGAUAGUGACGUGACGAAGUGGCGAGGAUAUAAGAUUGUUAAGUUUUUUUUUUGUAUUUACUAUUUUUGUCUAUUGUUGCAAUUUUUUUUUAAUAGUUAGUACGCCAAAGCAGGAGACAAUGAGCUGUAUGGAAAAUAGAGAAAAAAAAACGACCGUAGGUUUAAUGUAUAAAUGAAAAAUAUACAAAAAAAAAUGUUGCUAAAAUUAGAUUGUAAGUGAUUGUAUAUUUAAGUUUUUUUUUUUUGUCUACGGUAUGAUAAUUUCCGUGACUGGGCUACCUAAGUAAUAGAGAAAUUGAAGAGUCAUUUGAUCAUUAAUUAUCUUCAUUCGUGGCGUGGAAAUUCGACAAAUUUGGUUGUUGUAAUAUAGGACAAAAUGAGAAAAAAAAUAUAUAUAUAAAUAAAUAAAAAAAAUGCUUUGUUUUUUUUUUAGUCAAUAUGUUAGGUGUUAACGCGGUUUAAUAAUAAAUAUAAUUAAGAAAUUAUAAAUAUUGCUUGCUUGUGUCGGUCGCGACGGUGUGUUUUCUUCUUUAUUAUUUUUUCUUCAUUAUUUCUACAUUUGAGAAAGUUUAAACAACAAAGGCAUUUUUGUUCCGUCGUGUUAGAUGCUCCCUAAGGCUGUAAGUUAUACAUUAUACACAUAAUAUUAUAUUGAUAAAUAAAUUAAUAAUAAAAAAAGGAGAAA